CCCCCCCCCCACACACAUUCUGUCCAUCGGUAGAGAUAAUCAUGUAAGUGAAGUCCGUCUGUAGCAGGCCUCCAGCUAUGGCACAGAUCAACGAUCCCAAAAUUGCUUUUGCCUACCUGCGCCCUGCCUGUGUCCUGCUGACGCGUGAACCCACAAUAUCCAAUGUGGAAACGUUGGGUGCUCAACUAAGAGAUGUUAAUGAUGCCACUUUACAGCACCUUCAGGAAUAUGUCCUUUUCCCUCUCCGCUUCGUCCUCAAGGUCCCUGGAUCCAAGCGGGAGGGCCUGGUGCAAGCUGUGGCAGAGGCCAUAAGUUAUGUCUUGGAGAACUCUUGUGUCCGGAGUUGGGACACCCUCAAGGACCUCCUCUCUGAGCUUUGCCUCUGUAUUUGUUCUCCCACAGAUCCAGGAAAACCUGCAGCUACGUCAGAGGAGCUGAAAUCAGCUGUACUGAGGUGUCUAGAUGCCCUACUUCAUGCAGUUUAUGGUGAUAUAGUUUUCAGGCUCUUUGAGCCCACCAUGCUACCUGGGCUGGGAGCCACAAUAUCACUUCUCCUGGCUCUGGGAGAGCAGGAGAAAUCCAGAGACAUACAGACAGCCUCCCUGAAGUGUCUCCAAGCUUUGACUCUGCAGUGUGACUGCACCCAAGACCAUGUAAUCCCAACAAUGAAAGAGAGAUGCAUUCUAGGCAGAGCCAUGGCUUCAUUCUUACCUGGGAUCACAAUGGCUUUGGCCAGGAUUGUUACAGGGGAUUUGAGACAGGGUCAUGGAGUCACAGUCAGAGCCAUCAAGGUGUGGUCCAAGACAGUGGGACUUGUCAUGGAAGACACCCAGCUUCUGAACAAUGAGUCUGUGGAAGCUCCAUCUCCAGAUUUGGGGAGGAUUGGGGAACUGGUAGUUCUGAGGACACCAGACUGGGUUAAAAACACCUCAGGGAGACUGGCUAUACUGCUGAAGAAGAUCAUCUCCUGUACCUCUGCCCAUCAGCACUGGAGAGUGAGGCUGGAGAUUGUGGCACUAGCUGACAACCUGUUGGCCAGGUGUAGCCAGUCACUGGGGGAGUGUGUUGGGCCACUGCUGGAAACUCUGGUGGGAGCGGUGAAUGACGAGGAGCCCAGGGUCAGAAAGAGGUGUGAGGUUUCUCUGAAAGAGGUAUCAGAGAGAGGUCAGAAGCCUAGCAGUGGUGAUGGUAAUAACAACAGAAACACUGGUCAGACCUUUGCCAAUAUCCUCUCAGAGAAUCUCCAUAAUUUAGCCACCUCUCUGCCCAGGCUGAUGAGAACAUCAGACGACCAAAAGAAGUUGUUUAUCCUUAAUGUAUUUCUGGGAUAUUUAAAACUUCUGGGACCCCUGGUCACCAUGGUGCUGAACUCAGCUGCACAUCUGGAACGGAUUUCCAAAGCCUUGAUGCAGGUGCUGGAGCUUAACGUGAUGGAUGUUCGCAUCGUAGAGGAGAGGACCUCUGCUAGUACUGUAGAAAGGACGUCAGAGUCAGGUUCCCAUGAUGCCUAUAUGGUUCAUGGUCAAAGGAAGCAUUUCCUCUUCUUCACAGAUGAUAAAAUCCUCUCAGUGCUGAUGGAGAUCUGCCGGACAUUAGGUUACUACGGCAACAUGUAUCUGCUUGUUGACCAUUUCCUGGAUCUGUACCGAGAAUCUUCAUUGUACAGGAAGCAAGCUGCCAUGGUGCUGAAUGAGAUUGUGCGGGGCGCUGCAGGUAUUGCUGUGGCCACACAGGGUUCGGGGUCAGAGCGGGAAGAUCAGGGAUGCCACGACUCUCACACCCAGGAAGACCUUAAGGCAGCAGUCGUGUCUGUGAUGGAGGAAUACAUCAGUCUGAACAACUGGCACCUAGCUACUGUCAGUGAGGAAACUGACAGAGACGGGCAAGAACAAGAGCUGCUCAGUCACCAGUCCAGACUCCUGUCCAUAUCCAACAGUAACUUCAACAACACUAACAUCAGUCCUUUCCAAGUGGUCCCUUCCUCCUUCAAUACGUCCUCCUCCUCAUCUUCUAUCUCCUCCAUCCACCAGCUCAACAGCAACAUCUGGCAGCUGUGCAUUCAACUAGAGGGCAUUGCUUGCUUUGCCCAAGCCUUGGGGCACAACUUUCAUCCCCUGUUGAUGACAUCGCUGUACCCCAUGCUGGAAAAGGCGGGGGAUGAGACCGUGUUGGUAAGCCAGGCAGCACUGGCCGCCAUGUCGGGCAUCAGUGAAGCGUGCGACUACGCUUCUCUGAAGGAGCUGAUCAAUGAGAACUCUGACUACCUGCUCAAUGACGUGUCUCUGAACUUGCAAAGGCUCAGCCUUCAUCCACAGGCUCCACGGGUGCUGACGGUGAUGUUGGCCCAGUCUGACUCCAGUCUGCUGCCUUUGGUAGGGGAUAUUGUGCAGGAUGUACUGCUGGCUCUGGAUCUUAACUAUGACCACCGAGCCCCCCUCUUCUGCUCUGUGCUGCAUUCUCUCAUGAAGGCUCUAGUGAGGUGGUUCCCCUCGAGCCGUGGUUGCACCAGCAAACGCGAGAGACCCAACAGGGCCUCCGGCGACCAGGAGAUUCUGAAUGUUCGCCAGUUCCUGCUGGACUACCGCAGACAGAAAGAGCUGGCAGAGGCCAUCGGAGCGGAGGAGGAGGACACGGCGGACCCCGCCGUGCCUCCGCCAGUGGAGGCUGAUUUGGACUCCGAGGGUCCAGAUGUGAAAGCAGAGCUCCCCUCACACAUCACCAUCACUAAAGAUGUCAUGGAGCGCUGUGUGCACCUACUAUCUGACCCCAAGCCCAGGCUACGACUCAAGGUGUUGGACAUGUUGGAGCUGUGCGUGUGUGUGCUGAGUGAGAGGGAAAAUGAACUGCUGCCUAUGGCCCAUCGCUGCUGGCCCGCCCUGCUACAGAGACUGACCGCAGAUGAGCCGCUAGUAGUCCUCCGGGCCUUCACGGUGCUGUGUACACUUGGUGAGUGCUGCGGUGACUUCUUGAGGGCACGAGUGUCCAAAGAAGUUCUCCCAAAGCUAACCUCCUCCUUGACCAGGCAGGCACCGAUCAGCGCCAGGGCUGGACCCAUCUACACACACACCCUGGCUCACAAACUGCAGCUGGCGGUACUGCAAGGCCUGGGGUCACUGUGUCUGAGGCUUGACAUGGGUGAGGCUGACCUGGACGCUGUAAGUGAGGCCUGCCUGCCCUAUCUGAGCUGCAGACAGCCCGUCAGACUGCAAGAGGCCUCCCUCAUGGUUUUUCGUCAUUUAAUCCAAGUGGACCCAGAUGCUUUCUGGUUUUUACUGAACGAGCUACACUGCCCUUUCUGCUACACCCCACCCCACCCUGACCUUCAGCCCAUCCUCCUGAGCGGGAUGGGUCGACCGAGGGACGAGUACACAGACAACAUCCUCAAACUGCUGAAGGAGUUUGACUCGCCUGCUGAGGAAGCCAGUCAGAGCCUCAGUCGAAUGGCAGACUGAGGAAAGACGUGGCUGAAGAUGGUCCAGAAUGCAAUUUCCUGUGAAUACAUUGACAACAGUCCAUCAUCCAAGCCGCUUGUCCCAAUGCGGGUCGUGGGAUGCUGGAUGUGGGGAAACCAGAGCACCUGGAGGAAACCCACGCAGACACGGGGAGAACAUGCAAACUCCACACAGAGGACGACCCAGGACAACCCCCAAGUUUGGACUACCCCAAGGUUCGAACCCAGGACCUUCUCACUGUGAGGCAAUAGCGCUAAUCACUGGGCCACCGUUGACAAUAGUGCAUCGUUUAAUUUGAAUGCAAUUGUUCUAUUUAUGCUUUAAUAAGCAUGUCUUUUUUCUAUAAGAAGGACACUUUUUUGUUUGUUUUUUCCUAACUAGCCAGCUAUUGUGAUGUGUUUGAAGCCCUCAGACCCCGUAUGAGUUCAAGACACGUUCAGAUGAGACAGGGCCUAGCCACGAUUAUCAUCACUUUUGCCAGUGGGAGACACCCCAGACCACAUACACACCCCCCUACACCUGCCUUGAGGCAUCAUAACGGGUGUGUGAGCCCGCCAGCCAGGGGCAACAACAUUGCCAUGUGUUUUGUAUUUAGCUGGCCUGGCGUAAUGUUAGCGGGCACGGUGCCUCUUUAUCUUAACCUGUACUGUUACUAAUCCUGCUGCCAGCGCUGACAACGGCACCAUUAGUCAUCAGCAGGAACGGGAGCUUUGGCAGCAGCUGUUGAACACAGACAACUGCCUGAUAAUAUUCCUCCUUAAUGCGCAGGGAUAGCCCUGUGCAUUAAGGAGGAACACGCUGAGAGAGUGCAAUGGCCAAAUGCUAUUUCUUCAAUACAACAGAGCCAUUACUGAGUCCGAUUUAUGAAAACCAUCAGACCUUGGUCCACCAAAACACCUGGAGAUGAAAU